AAUAUUAUUUACUUUUUGCUUUCGAAAUGAUUGAGGUAGCAGAGCCUCGAUUUUCAGCCAUGGAGAAAGGCACUCAUGUUUUGAGUGAAUCCAAAAAUCCCAAAAUCCAUUUAGCUCAAAAGAUAAAGAAGCAUGGAGGGAUUGCAGUUGGAAUGACCAUUAUGUUAAAUGUGUUUGUGGGAGGGCCGAUUUCUGGAGCAUCAAUGAAUCCAACAAGAAGUCUUGGACCGGCUAUUGUGAAGUGGAGGUUCAAAGGAAUUUGGGCAUAUAUCUUUGGUCCGAUCAUCGGAGCAGUCACUGGAGGCUUUGUUUAUAAGUUGUUGACGUCGACGGAAAAUCUUUUAGCGAGAUUGUGAAAAGAAGUGGAUGAUCCUUGGCUUUGAGAUCGAAGCUGAAUUUGUUUAGUUUAGUUUUAUUCAACUUUUUUGUGUUCUUUAGAUGUUAAUAUUGUUAAGGGUUUUUUUUUAU